AUACGCAAAACACCUAUACAAGGACGCUUAUCUAAUCACUUCUGCCAGAACAAAUAGCAAUAAAUAGUGUAAUGUGAUACAGAUACGACUAGUACGUCAGUGUUUGAGUGUUCGCUCAUACGUCAAAUUAAAAUAAAACUCAAAUCUCAAGAAUGGCAGACGAAUACGGUUUUAAAUCAGAAUUCACUUGCUCUUCCACCCCUACCGCCCCGUACUAUCCACAACCUUCUUCUGAAGGAUGUCCUUUACCACACCAUAUUUCACAUACUUAUCCAGAACCCACAAAUUAUUCGCCACCCCCUAAUAUGUACCCUGCUCCAAUUUACCCCCGCGAAGAGAGCAGUCCAACUACUACUGGGCAAAGUGCAUACUAUUGGCUCGACUGGAACGCUGAUAGAAUGGUUCCACCAACAGCAGUUCAUGGUGGCGUCGAUAAAGACGGCAGUCAAAUUUACGUUGGGCGCGCUUACCAUGAAGGUGAUUGGAUUCCCGCCAAAGUAAUUCCUGAACGACACACUGCAUAUGUGGCGUACGGUGGUUGCGAACACGUCAAAAAUAACUUUCAAUUGCUUUGUGAACAACGAUUUGAUUGGGUUCCAACAUCCGCUGGAAAUAUUCCUCCGGGUGCAGUAGAAGGUGGUCGCACCGAAUCCGGAGAGCCUCUGUAUAUUGGGAGAGUAUGGCAUGAUGGAGCUCAUACCGUAGGAAAGGUUCACUCCAGCCACGGUUGUUGUUAUAUUCCCUACGAUAGUCAAGAAAUGACCUUCUGCGAUUAUGAAAUUUUGGUGUUGCGGAUGUAAGGGUCUACAAUAUAUUACUUUCGACGUGUGCUAAUAUUUUGUACUGUAAAUAAAUCUGUGAUUAUCUGAA